GGGCAGGCUGGCUGGAUGCCCCGACACUCGCAUGCGGUCACCGUCUUCAAGGAGAGGCUGUGGCUGAUGGGAGGAUUCUCAGAGGAAGGGCACUCGCUCAACGACGUCUGGAGCAGCUCCGACGGGGGUGACGACUUGUACAACGAUGUCUGGCUCAGCACCAACGGCUCAGCCUGGCAGCUGGUCACCGGCAACGCUCCUUGGGCGAGGAGGAGAGGUUUUAGCCUCCUCGCCUUCCAGGACUCGCUGCUUGUCAUAGCAGGACACGCGCAGAAAGAGUUUGAGGGAGGUACGGAUGGCUUCUUGCAGAGCGACAUCUGGCAGUCCAAGGACGGGGCUGACUGGGUUGAGGCAGCCGCUCUUGCU